UAAUUGAAUAAGUGCUUUAAUCCCUGGCCUGAGGGCUUCCCAUAGAGCAUUAGCUGUAUUAAGAAGGAAAUGGAGUGUAAUCCCUUUAAUAUAAGCACAGGAGAACAUGAGAGUUUCGCAUUUCUAGAAAUGAUUUCUUUCCUUGUUUAUCUUCCUUAUCCUGAUAUUCAUUUGCAUAAAAUACAGCAGGGAUGAAGGGCUUCUCCUCCUGCCUGGCUCCAGUGCUGAGGUGCCAGCAGCACGUGGCUCUGGCAUUGGCAUCCUUGGGCUCUGGUUAUGCACCAGUGCAUAACGGGGUGAAAAGAGAAACAGCUCUGGAAUUCAGCUCAUUCCAAGGGUGCCUGUGAACCUGGCUCCGUGACCAGCUUUCCUCUGUAUCCACUGUGGUACAAGCACAGAACUAAACGGAAUUUUCUGUCCCAGUGCAGGGAAUCAGAAGCUCUUCAGAAAUAAGUUCCCAUAAACCAGGGCCCUCUCCACAUCCUGCAGAAGAAACUGUCAGCCCAGGAGUUUUGCUCUCAUUGCUUUUCAGUAAAGUCAGACCAGGAUCCUGGAGCCGAGAUGUCGUAUUUCUGACUCAUGCAUCAUCACUGGCAUUUACCACUAUCUGCAUUAACUGUAGUGCAGGAGAAUCUCCUUUCUGAUCUGAUAUCCAGGCUCAUAUGUGGCUACAGAAAUUGGACUCUUGGAUGAGAUUCAGCUGACCAAACCUAUGCUUUCCGAGAAAGCAGUUCAUUUCUUCCCAAAAUACGUGUCUCCACUGGUCACAUGAAUCAAGCUAAAUGAGCCAGGAGGUCAGGAAGGCUCAGCUCAGAGGGAGACGUCCUCUUUGUAGACAUCUAAAAUUAAUUGAAAUUAGUCUUGGAUGAGAUGGAUCCAAAGGUAGUUAAUGCUUGAUGUUUUUGGAAGAGUAAUUACUGCUUCGUGGGUGUGGGACAGAAGACUGCAUCCCCUGCUUUGUUAUCCCCCAAGAACCCCUCAUCCCACACAUCAUGGGGUGAGGUCCCUCCGACCAAGGCCUCCAGGGUCCUAGAAUGCAGGUGUCUCACAAAGGGCAGGGUUCCCUUGUCCAUGGAAACCCUGCCGCCACAAAACAUAUCCCAUCGUGCACGUACCAAGGCACCUCUCCUAUCUUGGAAGGGACACCUAGGUUCACCUCUCUGCUGUAGGCUGCUGGUGGUGAGGUGCUGUCAUCUCAUCUCUGCCUGGUCCCACCAAGCUGCAUCUCCUGAGCUGCCUGGCUCCAUGGGUGCUCAUUGCUGGAUGUGUACACUUUGCGUCGCUGAGAUUGGAUGAUGUCAAUCAUGCUCUAACCACCAGUUUAAGGUUCCUGGUUCACCAUGGAGGAUGCAAUGAGGAAACCAGUGCAUUCGAAGCCACCCGUGUCACUGGGUAUGUACAGGAGCAUGCACAAGAAGGACUACACGUGGCAGGAAGAGAUCAAACCACCCACUGAGGAGGACAUUCAGAAGCUAAGAGCCAACGAGUUUGCCGUGCCUCAGGAGCCGCGGGCGAUGACGUACUAUGACAAAGCUGUCGGGGAAGGGAGAGAAGUCACACAAAGUGAGAAGCAAGAAGGCAUCGCCCUCAGUCCCAGAGUGCUGCAGCAGGCUUAUGAAGAGCAGAGAAAGCACUUCAGUUCUGACCUCCCCCUUGCAGAAAGCCAUGCACCAAGGUGCUACUCCACCCCUGAACUGACAGCAAGCCAGGCAGAGAGACUGGAGAGGCCAUGGACUCUCAGUGGGCUGGAAAAGGAUCUGUCUUCUUCCCAGCACCUUCAGGCUGCUGCUGGUGGCCCGAGUGCAGCAGGGAUGUUGCUGUAUAGGCAAAAGCUGGAUCCAACCUUUGGUACCUACCAGCACUUCAUGCUGGAGACAGGCCAGGCCCUGCAACACGAGGCUCAGCAGAACAAGAACAUGGCCCUGCGCUCCUCGGUUUUGGUGGAAGACUGCUUUAACCUUGACCGGAGCUCUACCUACAGCACCGAUUUCCAGCGCCAGCCUGCAGCCUACAGUGGAUGCUGUACAGCAAAUAAGAAUGUGUCUCACGUUUUCACUGAAGAUCAGCACUUCCACCAGAACCGCUGGGUAUCUGAGUACAAGGACAACUACAGCAUUCACUUGCACAGGCUGAAUUGGGCAUCUCAAGGCCCCGCUGCAGAGCUCCACUCUGCCUUGAAGCCCCAAGGGCCGUCCUCCCAGAGUGAGGUUGCACCAGACACAGCCCAGUGACUGGUGCUGCAUGUUUCAUCCCCAGGAGGGAGAGGGAAAGUGCCUGAAUGUGAGCUCCAACUUCCUGGGGACAGGGCAGAAACCAGAGGCUGGAGAUGACAGUCACCCCCCAAGCCACUUCAGUCUGCAGUGCAGAUGCCGUCCUACAUUGCGGAGACCGUUCUUCUGGGACAACCGCUGCCUGACUCACCUCCUCAUAAAGCUGCUCCCAGAUUUGCAUUUUCCAGUUACUGCACAUCCUAAUAUAUAUAUAGACGUUUUACUGUUCAAACACUGUUGUGUUUUCUUUUUUUUUUUUUUC